UAUCUAAUUCAAAUUUUCUAAAGUGCCUAAUGCCACGUUCACAGUUUUGGUAGAGUAUAAAUAAGGGGUUGUUAAAAACUGAAUUAUCAUCAUUGACAAACUAUUGGACAGUAUGGCAGAAGCAUUCCUUGAAUUUCUGUAAGUAAAAAUAUUCCUUUUUUAAAAAAAAAUAAUUCCUUAUUUUUUUUUCUAAACUUGUUUCAUUUUUUACAUGUACAUUAAUUGUAAAGCUUAAGAGUUUAAGAAAAAAAAUUUCUUUUCACAAUUUUAAAACCUUCUAAAUGGGUUGUGAUUAGUGAACGAAACAUAACAAAGUAAACGGUAUUUCACAAGUUAUAAACUGAUUAGGCAUAGAUUCGUUCAUUUCAUUAUUAAAAAUUUAAAGGCUAUUUUAUGCAUAAUUAUUAUUUAAACGCCUAACAUUUUGUAUGAAAGUAAUAUAAAACAUGGAAAGGGUGUAAUUCCUUUGUUUAUUUUCUCUAUUACUGUAUUUUUUUUUACAGUGACGCCACAAGCUCGGCAAAUUCCUUCGAUGAAUUUGAACAAAUGUGGGUGAAAAUGGGUGAAGAGUUAGAGUUAGAAGGCCCGCCAAAGGGUUGUAUUCCACCCCCUCCCUCUCCAGACUGCGAAUCCACAUUGAGUACAAUUGGCACGAAAAAUGAGUCAUUAAAAAGACCUCUAAGUCCUACACCGGAGAGUCACGGUAACUGCGACACCUUUUCACCAGUUGUCAGCUACUCGCCGGCCCUGGAUUCCAAUUGUAGUAGUGCCUUUGCGCCUGUUACAUGCAACGGGGAUGAUAAUGGUCGAUUAAGUCAGACGGAAGAUUCCAUCCUGACUACUUUGAGGCGAACAAAUCCGGACAAAGUACGUAGAUUAAAGAAGAAGAUGAGACAACCUUGUAAACCCGAGCUCUUCAAGGAACAUUUUGAUGUUUUAAAAACCCUCCUAGUCAGAGUAGCAAAUGAUUGUGAGCAAAUUCGGAUAAUACUGAAUUAUGUGGAGGACAAGCUGGUUGAAGAAGACAAGUGCGUUAAAAGGGUUCAGUUUACAACUCUAUAGUUCUGUAAAGAAAGUACCAGUUUGUGUUCAAGCUUUCAUUGUGAUUAGUGCAUUUUUGUCUUUAUAUUAUUAUAUAAAAAAGAGAAUAUUUAAAUUGUAUAUUUAUGUAAAUUGAAAUGCCCCCAGGGCCCUUGAUUGAGAAAUAAAAAAGCUUGUACUAUCUCUGUUGUCUUUAAGUUUCCUGAUCACAUAAAGACCUAGAGAAUCUCAAAACUUAUAAAAUUAAAAAGUAUAACGCUAGUUUACUUACUGUAAAGGGUUGAGCAAUGGUUUUACCUCUGGUGCAAAAAUAUAGUGAAGUAAAGAAAUGCUUCAAAUUUUGCACCUUUUAUACUCAAAUUUACCUUUAUAUAUUAAAGGACUGGCCCUACGAAAAACUGCGUUCUAAAGCCAUGCCUGGAUACAAUAUUUUAGUAAUUCUAAAUUUAGCAAUACUUUACACUGUUGCUGUGGUUACAGAUGACUUACGUGACCCUAAUAGUAGAUAUUUAUGGUAUCAUCCUUCAACGGUUGCUAUGCGAACUAAGGUGACCCUGAUAGCAUAUAUUUAUAUUAUCAUUCUUCAGCUGUUGCUAUGUGAACUAAGGUGACUUUAUUGACUGUAGAAUUCUUGAUUGUAGACUCACUCUGUGCACUAAGGUAACCCAUGACGUCAUCAACUGUAGACUCCCCCCUGACUGUAGACUAACCCUUGACUGUAGACUUCCCUUUGACUGAAGAGUUCACCUUGACUGUGAACCACCCCCUAACUGUAGACUCCUCCCUGGCUGCAGACUCCCCCUCACCUUGACUGUAGAGUCCACCUUGACUGUGAACUACCCCCUGACUGUUGACUCCCCCUUUGACCUCGUGACCUGGGGAAAACCCACUCGUGACCUGGGGAAAACCCAUGACGUCAUCUGACUGCAGAGUGACUGCACUCUGUCCUACUUACUACUGAUGCAUCAGCUGUUCGCAACGGCUCGCAGAUUUAGUACAAUCAUACACACCUCCAACGGGCCACCACAGUUUAUUACAAACUUAAGGUGAUUAUUAUAAACACAUUGCUUUGAUAAUACUAUUUCAUACUCAUUAUUGCAAUAUAUUUUGUUAGAUUAAGUACUAUUGCUAUUUGGGGUUUUUUUUUUACAUAAAAGGUAAAUCUGAGGGUUUUUUUUAAAAAACAUACACAGAAUAUUAGAGAAUGCGCUGUUUACAUUGGAUUUUACCUUUAGUGUCAAUUUUAUAUUAAUAGGCGAACGGACUCUGAAAAACUACGAAAGUUGGAAAAAAGGAUGAGGGAGCCAGAGCCAGAACAAGACUUCAAGCCUCAAUUAGAACUUUUGAGAACUCUGAUGUCCAGAGUGACUACGGAUGUCCAACAGAUUGAGAUAUUAACGAACUAUUUUGAGAAUUGGUUAAGAAAAGGAACGCUAGUAUCAAAAGAACGAAAUUUACAACUUUAUCAUCAGAAAAAGUGCCGGUACGUGAAAAAUUUUGCGGAACAAACAGUAGUUCAGUGAUAGAAAAUAUCAAUAAAAAUCAUAAUCAGCCAGAACAGGACACAAAGCUUCAGUUAGAACUUUUGAGAACUCUGAUGCCCAGUGGUGACUGCGGAUGUCUAGCAAACUUACAUAAUCACGAACUAUUUGGAGGACAAACUGUUCAAGGAAAGGGACACUUAUUAAAAGAGUGAGGUGUAUAACUUUAACAACAGGGAUGAAGAAUUUCAUUUUAAAAUUUGCAAUUGAUAUGUACAUGUAGAAUUUAUUAGACUGAACAGUAUUUUGGGGAUGGAAAUGUUAAUAAAAAUAAAAAUUCAUUAACUUUGUUACUUAGAAUAAGUUUAAACUUAUGCCUUGCUACAUAUGGUCCUGAUAUCUUUGAGAAGAGUUUGCGAAUUUUUUUUUCUGAUAAAUUUACUUACAAUUUGAUGCAAUGCUUGUCAUUCUUUGCUACCUUACAAUGAUAAAAUUCGGAAAACGUUGGUAUUUUAUACUAAAUCUGGAAGUUUUACCCAGAGUGUGAUUACAAGAAAGCUCUAUAAUUAACUCAGACUGGUGACUGUUGCUAUGUGAAUAUUUCUUCAGAUGUUCCUUAAUUAGAUUAGUACAAUGUGAAGAUAAUGUGAACAUUAUUUAGUCUGUUGCUAUGUGAACAUAACUUGAGAUGUUCUUAAAUUAGACCAAUGCAUAGACAGUUGCUAUGUGAGCAUAACUUCAGAUGUUCCUUAAUUAGAGUUGCUAUGGGAACAUAACUUGAGAUGUUCCUAAAUUAGACCGCUGCAUAGACAGUUGCUAUGUGAAAAUAACUUGAGAUGUUUCUAACUUAGACCGCUGCAUAGACUGUUGCUAUGUGAAGUUCCUAGUUUAGACCACUGCAUAAACUUGUUAAUCAUGGCAUGACUUUGUUCCUAAACUAGACCAAUGUAUAGACUGUUGCUAUUGUUACAUUUUGUGACGUCAGGGACUGUAGACUCACCCUUAACUGUGUACCGUCCUACUGACUGUAGAGUCCCCCUUGAUUGUAGUCUCCCCUGACUGUGAACUACCCCCUGCUGUAGACGACCCCGUUGACCAAGUGACCUUUAUGGGAAAAACCCGUGACGUCAUCUUGACUGCAAGGUGACUGUUCUCUGUCCCACUUACUACUCUUAUGGCCUUUUUUGCUCACACUGUCUUAACUAUGAGGGUAGUGGCGGGAAAACUUUUAUUGUUUCUGUGAAUUAGUGGUCAUUAUCUGCGCAUGCGCUGGAUACUGCAUAUUUAGGACUGAAUGUACAACGAGGACUCGGAUAAUCCCAAUUAUCUUACAGGUAAGUAUCUUUAUAUACCUUGUCUUAUUGUAAAUUAUAAAUAACUUACUUUUAUAUUACAUGUACAUAUUAAGUUAUAAAAUUUUAAAGAGUCAAAUGAUUGUUUUUGUAUUAUAUUAUUAUAAUGAACCAACAAUUUCAGACAGGAAGCGAUGAAAGCAUCGAAAUGACGAGUCAUAUUUUGAUGUUCGUUAAAGGCUGGAACUCUGAUGUUGAAGAGAGGGUCAUCCACUCAAGUUUUACUAUCACGUUCAUGCACAUACAUGUUUGUUUAAUUUCUUUAAUAUAUAAAUGAAUCGAGAACUGAUAGGUGAUCUAUUACAAUGUUUGCAUGUGCACACCAAAUUGGAUUUUUUGCCUUAGGUGGCAUAAAAAAUAACUUAAUUUCAAAACGGCAGAAAUCAGUACUGAAAUCGAAAAAUAAACUGCAGGAACAUAAGAAGAAGCGAGUUGUUUAUGAAAGAAAGAAGGAGAUAACAUUAACAUAUUCAUAUUUACUUAAGGUGGUAUUGGACACCAUAUUGUGACAUACUUCCAAUGGGAAUAAACUGUAAAAUCAAUUUAAUUUUAAUGUUUUCUUUACCAAAUCUGUUAUCCAACAGUGUAACGCAAUGGGUUCAAGCAUUAGCUACGACUCUGUCAGUCAUGAGUUUGAAUUCUGCGGGGGGCUUUUAUAGUUUUAAGUUUUAAGGUACCUUAUAUGUUUUCAAAAUAAUUUCAAUCAUAUUUUGUCAGACACUGUAAAUUAAAAAAUAAAUUCUAAACCGGUAAAAGUAUUUUGUUUAUAGUGAACUUUUAUCAACAAUAAUAUCAACAGGUGUCCCAUACCACCUCAAUUAUAAACACUUGAUCUGCAUCACUGUAAUAUAUGUACUGUAUUUAAUUAAUUUUAAACAUUUAAUUUUAAUCCUCUACAAAAAGCAAAGAGGAGAAAACAUGCAUUGGAACACCUUGCAAGUACGGGGUGGGAAAAUGAGAUGAGAAGGACCCAAGUCAGAAACAUCCGAAAGGUGGAGUUUACCUCCAGUGACGAAGAGUGUGAUGGUAGAUUUAUCUCCCAUCCACUCUUGUGGCAGAGUGAUAAACUUGCUAAGGUGAAGUCCCACCUAAAUAACACUUUUUGGAGAUGUGAAUGUUGGGGCAGUUAAUAUCAAGCCAACUCCUACGUGCCUAGAGGAGUUUCCUUGGAUGGUAAAAAAAGAUUGUUUUUUUUAAGUAUAUAUUGUAGUGUUUUUUACAGUUUACUUCAUUGAGCUAUCAAUGUAAAGACAUAAAUUCCUUCACAUUAAAAGUCAAAUAAAUUAAAGAACGAUAUAAAUGUCAUCACCACCAUACACCUGCACUGACAUUGAGAGACCAUGCUACAUCUAUGCAGGAACAAAGCACUACCCAUCAUAAUCGUGACAGCACUCUUGACAGUUUACCAGCACAAAAGCACAAUCACAC